UUUGAUCCACUUUCUUUUACCUCAUUCUCUUCUCUCCUUAUCUCUCACUCCUCUCUACAAGCCUAGCCAUCUUCAACAACCUCAAUGUUUCUAAAGGUCUGUACAUAACAUAUGCCUACGCAUAAGAGUUCCUUCAGUGACAUAGCAAGUCUACAACAGCAUCAAGGAGGAUCUCCAAGUCCCAAGUGAAAUAUUUCUUCAAAAUCAAAUCGAAGAAGAAAGGCCUUACCGGCCUGAUCUGAUUAAAUGGCGAAAGACUAUGCUGGUUCGCCAAAGCCUCAUCACCUAGAAUCAAAUAGGAAGCGUCUCACUUGGAUACUAGCUGUCAGUGCAUUAUGCAUUUUCUCUUACGUUUUGGGAGCUUGGCAGAUCACUUCAAAACCAAUAUACCGAUCUGAGAUGUACAAGAAGGCUGAUUGUGAUCAUGCCGAGUCAUCUGAGGCAGAAUCUGAAGUUGCUAAAUCUGGUUCCAGCUCCCUUUCAUCGUCAGAAACAACCCUGGACUUUGAAAGCCAUCAUCAAUUAGUAGUAAACAAUUCUGACACGACAGACGUUCAAAAUUUCCCACCAUGUGACAUGUCUUUUAGCGAGUACACUCCAUGCCAGGACCGGCCUAGAGGAAGGAAAUUUAGCAGGGAGAUGCAUAAGUACAGAGAGCGACAUUGCCCCACCAAGGAAGAGAUGCUUCGUUGUUUGAUACCUGCUCCACCUAACUACAAGGCGCCUUUCAAGUGGCCUGAAAGCAGAGACUAUGCGUGGUUUGAUAACAUUCCCCACAAAGAGCUCAGUGUUGAAAAGGCUAUUCAAAACUGGAUACGAGUUGAGGGUGAUCGUUUUAGGUUCCCUGGUGGAGGAACCAUGUUCAUGAAUGGAGCCGACGCUUAUAUUGAUGACAUUAAUGGAAUCAUCCCUAAUUUUACUAAUGGAAGCAUAAGAACAGCAAUUGAUACAGGCUGUGGAGUUGCUAGCUGGGGAGCUUUUCUUUUGAAAAGAGACAUGCUAGCAAUGUCGUUUGCUCCAAGAGAUACACAUGAAGCACAAGUCUGGUUUGCUCUGGAACGCGGUGUUCCUGCUAUUCUUGGUAUCAUGGGCUCGCAGAGACUUCCAUAUCCAGCAAGAGCGUUUGAUAUGGCACAUUGUUCCCGUUGCUUGAUUCCCUGGUCUCAGUAUGAUGGACUGUAUAUGAUCGAAGUGGACAGAAUUCUGAGGCCAGGUGGCUAUUGGAUACUAUCCGGCCCUCCAAUCCGAUGGAAAAGGUACUGGAAAGGCUGGGAAAGAACUCAAGAAGAUUUGAAACAAGAGCAAGACACGAUUGAGGAUAUUGCCAAUCGCAUGUGCUGGAAGAAAGUGGCUGAAAGGGGUGACAUUGCAGUGUGGCAAAAGCCUCUCAACCACAUUGAGUGUGUGAAGAACAGAAAAAUCUUCAAAAAACCCCAUCUGUGCAAAUCAGAUAAUGCUGAUGCAGCCUGGUAUAAAGACCUUGAACCUUGCAUCACUCCCCUGCCAGAGGCGAAAAACAGAGAUGAGGUUGCAGGUGGUGCAGUCGCGAAAUGGCCAGAGCGUGCUUUUGCAGUUCCUCCAAGAAUCAGCAGGGGCCUAAUACCUGGUAUCACCGAACAAAAAUUCAAAGAAGAUAAUAAAGCAUGGAAAGACCGCAUGGUACUUUAUGAACGCGUCCUACAUCCCUUACGCCAAGGGAAGUACAGAAACAUAAUGGACAUGAAUGCUUACCUAGGCGGCUUUUCAGCAGCUUUGCUGAAGUAUCCAGUGUGGGUGAUGAAUGUGGUUCCUGCAGAUUCAGACAUCAACACUUUGGGUGUGAUAUACGAAAGAGGCUUCAUUGGUACUUAUCAAGAUUGGUGUGAAGCCUUCUCAACAUAUCCAAGAACAUACGAUCUCAUCCAUGCAGGCGGCGUUUUUAGCAUAUAUCAGGACAGAUGUGACAUUACGGACAUUCUGAUCGAGAUGGACAGAAUCCUGAGACCAGAAGGGACUGUUGUCUUCAGAGAUGGCGUCGAAGUCCUGUUGAAGAUCAAGAGCAUAGCAGAUAGAAUGAGCUGGACGAGCCGCAUACUAGACCAUGAAAGUGGCCCUUAUAAUCCAGAAAAGAUUUUGCUUAGCGUGAAAUCUUACUGGACUGGUGACAGAAAUACUAAACAGAAGCAAUAAAAUCUGCAGUGGACUACAAUAAAAUCUGUGAUUCACAUUUCCUUCUUUCUCUGUGGUUACUUAGAUACUUACUGGGACUAAUAAGCCAUCGUCGAACCUUGUAAAUCUGCAGCAACACGAAGGAAAUAAAUCCGGUUUAGAGAAUCGAUAGUGAGAUGCAAUGUUUAGGGUCUUAAACAGUGAUUUAGAGAAUUAGGUAUUGUUGUAAUAGAUACUGUUUGUUAUAUGGUUAGUUGUACUUA